AUGCAGAUCCAGGGCUCCACGCUGAUCGUGACGGGAGGAUGCGGAGGCAUCGGCGGCGCCGUGGUCACCGACCUGCUCUCGCACUCGGCCAAUGUCGUCGUCAUGGACAUCCACGACAACGAAAAGGGCAAGCAGCUCGUCUCGUCGCUCGCCCCCUCGUCGGCGGGCAAGUCGCUCUACAUCCAGACCGACAUCACCGACCAGGCGUCGUGCAAGGCCGCCUUUGACCAGAUCCUCUCCUGGACCUCGUCCAACGGCAGCAAGCUCGUCGGCCUCGUCCACUGCGCCGGCAUCGCGCUGCGCCGGCCGUGGACCGAGUCGUUUGUCGACACCAUCGACGGCUUUGAAAAGAUGCUGCGCGUCAACACGCUCGGCACCUACGUCAUCAACGCCUUUGCCGCCGACGCCAUCACGUCCCAGUACCGCGACGCCGACGCCAAGGCCAAGCAGGCCGCCGGCUCCAAGUGGAACCCGCGCGCCGACGAGGAGCGCGGCGUCAUCAUCAACUUUGCCUCGAUCGCCGGCCACGAGCCCACCGGGCGCAACCUGGGCUACGGACCCACCAAGACGGCCGUGCUCGGCAUGACCAAGAGCUUCUCCGACUUCCUUGGCCCCGCCGCCAUCCGCGUCAACACCAUCAGCCCCGGCAUCGUCGCCAGCCCCAUGAACACGACGGGCAUCGAGUGGUUCAAGAAGAGCCUCGACGCCCACGCCGCCUUCCCGCGCCGCCCCGCCGGCUUCGACGAGGUGUGCAGCACCGUCCGCUUCAUUUUCGAGAACGGCAGCCUCAAUGCUGAGGACAUCAAGGUCACCGGCGGCUGGCGUCUGGUCGCCGACUACGCCGAGGGCCGCGACCCCCGCGACACCUACCCCGGUGUCGAAUAG